AUGAGCUCCAUAAGAUUUACAACUGAAGAAGUUUUAGCACAGAUCUUUGAUGGAAAUAGUGAUGUAGAGGAAGAGGUUUCAGAGUCAGAGGAUCUUUCCGAGACUGAGGACAAUGCUAUUGACGAUCCAGAUUGUGAAUUUUCCUAUGAUGAAGAGGAUUCAGACGACCACUCUGCCGUAGUCUCUCCAUCAGCUGAAAACAAUGGGCAGCAAUCAUCUUCAACAGAGGGGACAUGGACAUCUAAAGAUGGUAACAUAAAAUGGUCAACAUCACCACACCGAAGCCAAGGCAGACUGUCAUCUUCCAAUGUCAUCAAAAUGACUCCAGGCCCUACAAGAUUGUCUGCCACACGAGUUGAUGAUAUUCAGUCAGCAUUUCAUCUCUUCAUAUCCCAACCAAUAGAGAGGAUCAUACUGGACAUGACCAACUUGGAGGGGAGGCGUGUAUUUCAAGAGAAAUGGAAGCCACUGGAUCAGAUUGACUUGCAUGCAUACAUUGGAAUCCUGGUAUUAGCUGGAGUGUACAAGUCAAAGGGAGAAGCAACUGCCAGUCUGUGGAAUGAAGAGAGUGGAAGGCCGAUCUUUCGAGCAACCAUGUCUCUGGAGUCAUUUCAUAUGAUAUCUCGGGUGAUCCGGUUUGACAACCGUGACACCAGAGCUGGUCGACGUGAAAGAGACAAACUUGCUGCGAUCAGAGAUGUAUGGGAUAAAUGGGUCGAAAUUCUACCUGUGUUGUACAAUCCUGGUCCCCAUGUCACUGUAGAUGAACGCCUUGUUCCAUUCAGGGGACGGUGUCCCUUCCGACAGUACAUGCCCAACAAGCCUGCCAAGUAUGGUAUCAAAAUAUGGGCAGCGUGUGAUGCCAAAUCUAGCUAUGCAUGGAAUAUGCAAGUGUACACCGGAAAGCUACCUGGAGGAGCAUCUGAGAAGAAUCAGGGGAUGCGUGUUGUGCUGGAGAUGAGUGAAGGGCUGCAAGGUCAUAACAUCACCUGUGACAACUUCUUCACAUCUUACCGCCUUGGAGUUGAACUUCAGAAGAGAAAGCUGACCAUGGUCGGAACAGUCAGAAGAAAUAAGCCAGAACUUCCCAGUGAAAUUCUGAAGAUUCUGAAGCCACAAAUGAUCCUGGACUACAACUCCAACAAAGGAGGAGUUGACAAUCUGGACAAAGUCACAGCAACAUACAGCUGCCAGCGCAAGACUGCACGUUGGCCCUUGGUGAUUUUCUACAACAUUGUGGACGUGUCUGCUUACAAUGCCUAUGUCCUGUGGACUGAAGUCAACCAGCAAUGGAAUGCUGGAAAAUUGUACAAACGUCGGCUUUUCCUGGAAGAGCUUGGCAAAGCACUCGUCACUCCCAAGAUCCAGAGGCGAGACCGGCCAGCUCGAUCCCCAGCAGCAGCAGCUGUCAUUCAAAAGGUUCAAGCUCAGUCAUCCAACCCCCCAUCCAACCAACCUGCAAUGGGUCCAGGAGAUACACCUGUAAAGAAACGGAAAAGAUGCCAGGUCUGUCACCCCCGAGAGGACAGUAAAACAAGCACCUCUUGUGUGAAAUGCAAGAAUUUCAUCUGCAGAAAGCACACUGUUACAUUCUGCCCAUCAUGCGGAGAGUAA